AUGACAACCGAUAAUAACGGGCCUGUAGCCCGAAUGAUUAAACUGCCGCAAGGACAUUACAGAAGAGUUGGAAGAAGCGAUGCCCCGGACUUCCUAAAGGAUAUUGAUAUAGGCGAACACAUCUUUGACGACAUUAAAGCAUGCUGUGAAAACACAUGCUUUGUCAACGAUGAUGACUACGCUAAACUCAAGCCAAACUCGGAAAUUUACACGGACGCCUGCUCCGUUAAAUUGGAAGAACUGACUGGCGCGGACGAUCUACACCUAUUCUAUCAAGUAUACAGCAAACGGUGCGCUGAAAGCCUAAGAGAUGCAGCAGUGCAGACAACAUUCGAGGCAGACAGGGUAGACGUGGCAGUAGGACGUUCACAUGACGAUAUGCAAGAACAGCUAGACGUUGACGAAGAAAAAGCAGGUGACCAAAAGGACGCACAAAACGUUGACGCAUCCGAAGGAACAGGUGAACAGGCACAAAUGACCGAUGGACAAGAGAAGCAAAAUGCCAUGACAGAAAAACUCAACCAAUUGGAUUCCUCAAUGCUAACAGACCCGCAAAACCCGGACAUUUUCAAAAAUAAGGGUGUACCGACACUGUUCUACACCAAAAUGAGAGUAAAUCCCACUUUGGUUGUCAUAACAAUCGACUACGAACUGCAGGUUAUAUACAUGACAAGAAACGACAUCAACAGAUUCUUCCCAAUCAAACUUAUCAGUAGACUAGUAUCAAACCCAGAAAUCAUAAAGGAAGAGUUUGAAAAACAUAUAGAAGCCGACAAAGAUAUCAAACUCGAAAAUACCAUAGUCCUUAACGCGGCCAACUUCACAGACUCAGUUGCCAUACAGUUCCCCGACCCAAUAUUGAAAGAUAUGUUCGGAUGCGCGGACCUAGAAGCGUUCGUAGUAUCAAAAUAUGAUCCAUUGCUCACUAUUGUCAAGGAACUGAACGAAAAUUUACAACACCUCGAAAGAGAAAAUCUAAGGCUUGAACGCAGAAUCAUCAACCUCGAGCAACAUAUAGCCGGCACGCAAGAAGGCGCCGCGAAAGACGCCAAAGAAUUCAGACCGCCGGAAUUCAUACACACUCUCGAAGAAGAGUCGGCGCUCUCGCCACCAUGGCUAUUCAGCUGCCAGAUCGGUACCGCGAUAUCGACGUUGCAAGUGUUGCUAGAAUUCAGUCCGGCAAAUACAAUGGAACUGGAUGUGUCAACAUGGAGCAGGGAGGAAAAUAUGUGGAUAGCUUUCAUGGAAGAGAUACCGACAAUAGGGAACAUUACGGUUGAUGUUAAGGAAAUGGUAAACCUUUCGGCGAUGCGCAGAAUAGCACGCCGCGUUCUCAUGGAACUGUCACAAAAAGAGGCAAUGGUGGUUCUAAGAAAUGUCCCAGGAAAGGACGAAGCCACGACAAAUGCAACAUCUAUCACCCUUGUAGCCAUUCUGGCUUCAGCAAUGGCAGAGGCAUGGAAGAGGGUCGAGUAUACUACGCCGCAAAAUAUGGGAAGGGUCUGCCUUAUAUUAGAGGGCGAAAACAUCGGAAGCAGACUUAGAGCCGGCACAAAGAAAUUUAGGAUUGAACCCCUUAACUGA